UUGCCGCGUUGAUUCCCGUCUGAACAUCCGAGAGUGUCAGUCGGUGGCGUGUUCCCGCCGGGGUAGCACGUGUGUCCCGUAUCCCGAAACGUUGCACGACCCGCGUAUUUUACGUGAGCGAAUUUUAAACUUCAGUGUUAAAAUGUGAAACUUUAAUACGUGAAAUGUUUGAUGAUGUGCCACGUUAAUUAGUGCCGUGUGGUUUCCCCAUGAAUUCUGGUUAUGAAUACAAAUUAAUUAAAGACUGGCUGGAUUUUGAUUAUUAAUUUCUCUUGUGAAAGAUCCAGCCUAAUUUCGUAUGAUAUUUCGAAAAUCUCCAUCGUCCAAAAACAGUGCAAUAUGUUGUUCAAAACAGAACUAACAAGAGUUGCUUCUCAUGUGCGGAACUGACAGUGUUCACCAAAAUAUGGAGAGGAGAGCGGGUCUUGUGGUCGUGUUGUGGGUGGCCAUAUUCCCUCUGUAUAGAGCUGAUAAUCUUGAACUUCUUCUGGGUACACUUCGAACACAUCAGAAGGCUGCUUGUGAUGAGGAGAUGGUGACGCUCAUAUGUCCUCGAGGAACCACCAUCAGCAUCCAAGUGGCUCAGUAUGGAGCUUCGGCUACACAAGGAUCCUGUGCUUCAGACCUGGCAGAGUAUCAGCCGGUAGCUGUCGAAGUAGUUGGAGAUACUUCAUGUAUCUGGCCCAGCGCUUUACAGUAUUCCUUGUUACAGACAGUGGUGGAAGCGUGUCAGAAGAAGCGACAGUGUAAAUUCCACACAAGCCCCAAGGCCUUUGGAGUCGACCCCUGCCCGGGCUCUAGAAGAUUCGUUGAAGUCGCAUACAAAUGCCGUCCCUACGAGUUCAGAAGUAAAGUUGGUUGUGAGAAUGAUGUGCUGCACUUAAGUUGCAAUCCUCACUCGAGGGUCGCAAUAUACUCAGCUCAGUAUGGAAGAACGGAGUAUGACUCGAUCCAGUGUCCACAGCCACGAGGAAUGAAGGAAGAAACUUGCUUGGAGCCAUAUGCCACGGAGACUGCCAUGAGGGAGUGCCAUGGUAAAAGAAGAUGUGUUCUCUCUGCGGACAGUAACAUGUUCGGCAAGCCGUGUCGAGCCGGGAGUCGAACCUACCUCAAAGUUGUUUACACUUGCGUUCCCCGUACGGUGUUAAAGGAGAGGUACGAGAGUGCCCCUGAAGAGGAUGAGGUUGCUCACGACGUGUCCGAUCUUGAACACGAUGAAGUCGAUGAGACCAACGACCGCUGGUGGGGAGAGUCCGCAGUGCCACCAGCUCCAGCAGUAGCUGCAGUUCCACCUCAACGGCCCACAGCUUCGACCAGUCUCAACAUCACUAGCAUCAGCAGGGAUGAGCCCUCAGCAUCACCACCACGACACCAUCUGGCCAGCGAUGAUCAAUUCGACAUCAUGUACGUAUACAUCAUAGCUGGAGUCGCUGUUAGCCUUCUACUCUGUAUCAUCCUGGGCGUCAUUCGCUGCGUCAUGACCAAACAAACCUCAGAACAACCAAAGGGCCCAGACGUCUCAGCCACAACAGAAAUCCCUAACGGAUUCAACGACAGCAUAUCUGAAGUUGAUAACGAUAUCAACAUAACCAGUCUAUCUGGACCCGUCGACACAGUCGACUCGGGUAUCAAGCAAGAUAUUCAGUACUCCAACGUGGCUCUUAGCCCCAAAAUCAAUAAGUAUGUUGGCCGACCAGUGCCCAAUACGUACCCUCAUGUGAGCACUAAUAUGUAUGGACAGGUGGCCGAAUUCCCUAUAGAAAUGCCUCUUCGAACUAUGCCGCAUGGCACGUUAGGGCGCGGAGUUGCGGUCAAAACUCUGCCAAGAGUUCAAAUACAAUCUGAAACGGACCCUAACACAAGGAGUUUAUAUCGAUAUUCUAACGCCCAAUAUUACUUCGGGUGACAACAAGACAAAAGCCAGUGUUCGGACGUAUCCAGAACUUACUGUUUCUAGUUGAAUCGUGUAGUGGAGUGUAUAUAGUUCACGGACUAACUAGUGAAGUUUGUAAUGUUCUACUUUUAAAUACGGAAACUGUGAUAUUAAUUGAAAACUUUCCUAUUGUACUGCGAACAGUUUUCCAACUGUAGACACAGAAAGACAGUGUGGUUGUUCCUCCGUUGUGGAUUGAGAGACGGAUCGUUGUUAGUGGGACUUUGUUACUCUGUAUUGACCUUUGAUAACUAAGUAUUGUUUUGCAUGUUGAACAAAUCUGUGUGUUCAUUUAGAUAUUCACAUUGUUCCUUGGGGAGUUGGACGUAGUUUGGAACUGAUGUAUUAUUAAUCUGUAUGUUCAAGUAAUAUGAAUUUCCUGUACAGUCGGAUUGUGUGGAGAGCCUAGCUAGUGUGUGGAUACUUUGGUUUCAUGCCAGCUCCUGUCAGGAUCGUGCUAAAAGCCAAAAAAAAUCUUUAUUUAUUGUUUAACAUGUUGUAUACGUAUAUUUUUGCGGACAAUUUGCUUUGUUUAUAGCUUACUAAUUUUCGACGCCUCCAGGCGUUUGUUGUUCGCGAAUUAUUUAAAUUUAUUUGUAAUUCAAGGAAUGAGUUGGAUUGUACUCUGUUCAUGUUAUGAUUGUUUCAGAAACUUUCGAUGUAAGUUACUUCAAGACUAAUAAAAAUUGUUUGUAUAAUAUUGUAAGCAACCCAUCUGUUUUUGUAACAGGCUAAAAUUGUGUCAGAUAUUUAUUAUAUUAAUAAAUGAUAAAAUAUUUGUUAA